GGCCGGAAGCGGUGGUGCGUCUUUAGUCUCUUGCCGGCCGGAGCUGGGGGUUACUUUCCUGCCAUGUCGGACUUGGCUUUAGAGGAGCUCUCUGCGAUUUCUGCUAUUUACUGUGGGAAGGAUGAAUGCGAAGUGCUGGAGGUGUCAGAGACAGAAGGAAUCUCAUUUAGGAUUCAGACUACUGUGAAAGGACCUUCGGGCGCAGAUAUAUUGUUAAAGCUGUUGUUUCAUUUACCAAUCAGUUACCCAUCAAGCCUGCCGAAUAUCUCUGUUAACUCUGAGCAGCUUACAAGGACACAGUGCAUGGCUGUGAAAGGGAGAUUACUCGAGGAAGCAAAGAGACAUUUUUCACAACCCAUGGUACAUGAGCUGAUUCUCUGGAUACAGCAGAAUCUUAAGCAUGUUGUCGAGCAAACGGAAACUUCAGUCUGCCGUAGAGAAAGUACUCUAUCAAUAGACGCAGCUGAGGAUGAUGGUAUCUGGAUCGUCCUUCUGCAUUUAGAUCACAUGAGAGCUAAGGGAAAAUAUGUCAAAACAGUGGAAAAAUGGUGUACAGAUCUAAAGUUGACAGGAAGACUGAUGUUCAUGGGCAAAAUGAUUCUGAUUCUUCUCCAAGGAGACAGAAAGAGCAUUAAGGAUUAUCUUGUUCUUCAGAAAACUAGCAAGGUGGAUGUGGAUUCAAGUGGAAAGAAAUGUAAAGAGAAAAUGAUUAGCGUUCUCUCUGAAACAAAAGCACAGGCAGCACACAGAAGGUUUCAGGCAUUUGAAGUCAAAGAGUAUUCAACGCUGGAUGAGCUACAAAAUGAAUUUGAGGCCGCAGGACUCGCAGAACUGUUCAGUGGGUUUGUGCUGGCUCGCUUGAAGUAAAUUUGAAGCAAGCGCAUGUGCCUGUGACUAAAACUGUCAUUGAACAUAUCGAAUAGAUGCUGAGAAAAGGUAAAAUGAAAGGUUUGGUGGCAAACAGCUCUACAGCUCCUCUCUAGCAAAAUGUCAGGAAAAGCCAUCGCCUUUGCAAGAAACAAAAGGCAUUUUUCACACUCUGAACAGGUGAUGUUUUUGACUGUGUACUCUGACAACUCUUUGCUGGGCCUUUGUGAGUAUUAAUGAUAUUUAAGAACCGCAGGUCAGAUGUGAAGGAUGACAUGGAAAUUAUAUCCUUUGGCAUCUGGGUGGAACUAUUCUGCUUAUUUCUCUAUUCUCCUGUAAUUUAAUUAUAGUUUUAAAAGAAUUUUGUUUGCUCUGUGACUUUUUUGGGUUUGUCUAUGUUACUUGGAAACUUGUACAAGAACCUUUUUACACAUACACACCCCACUUCCAUCAUAUUUUAAAACAGCUCUGUUGAGAACAAGCAACAGUGGUAUUUCAUUUUACCUCAAUGUAUAGCCUGCCAUUUUGCUCAAGGUGCUCCCAAGGCAACUUAGGCUGCAAUCCUAUACACAAUGACCUGGGAGUAAGUCCCAUUGAACUAAAUGAGCCUUACUUCUGAGUAGACAUGUAUAGGAUGGCACUGUUAAUUUGUGAAUAAGAUGUCAAAUAUCCCAGACCUAGGCCAUUUUAAUUUGUGUUUGUUCCAUUUUUAAAUUUUGGAAAAUAAGGCAAAAUAACUAUGAAACUUCCAGAUUGCUUUCUUUUACACUCAGGUUUUCAGAUAUCAUAGUUACAAUUAUGAUUUCUUAAUUUCCCUCUAUUUUUCCUCUACAACUUCUCACUAUUGGUGUAGCUCAGGGGUUGGAGAACCUGUUUUGAUGUUGUUGAACUCCUACCCUCAUCUGCCUUAGACACCAUUGCCAGUGAUCAAGGAUGAUGGGAGUUGUAGCCCAGCAACAUCAGGAGGACUACAGGCUUUCUGCCCCUGGACUAGGUUUAUAUCUAGUCACUUCCUUGUAGGUAGCUUUCUGAUGGCAGAUGCAUAAUCUUUUCAACAAACUAAUCUACUUUUCUUAGCCACCUUAUAUGAUUCCAUUUCUCAUAAUUGUGAAUGUGAGUAGAAAAGUAUGAACCUGAUGCUCCAGCUAGCAGCUUGCUCUUGUUAUGGCCAUGCUUUUUUCAGCAGCUAUCUUCAUUUUAUUUAGAUAGAAAUUUCUAUCCUGCCCUUCUAAUGAUUCCACAGGGCAGCUUCCAAAAAAUUAAAUCCACAGCUUCAUAAUAAAAAUAACAAUAUACAAACAAGCAAUAUAGGAUAAGGCCUCAGCAGAUAAAAAUAAGAUCAUAUAAAACAGUCUUGUAAGGCAAAAGCCUACUGGAAUAAAAAAAAGUCUUCACCAGCCAGCUGAAGACAGCAAGGAGUGGGGCAAAGACCUCCAUCAUUGGGAUGAGGCCUUUCUCAGCUAGUUGUGCUUCCAUCAUGGGUGGAACACAGAAAGGAACUUCUCCAUCUCAUCAUAGGAAGUAUGCAGGCCAGCAUGGAAGGAGGUGGUCCUUAAAGCAUCCUGGACCCAAGACAUUUAGGGCUUUUAAAGGAAAGCACCAGCAUUUUGAAUGGUGCUGAGAAACAAAUUGGCAACCAAUGCAGUUACUGCAGGAUAGGUGACAGUUCCAUGGGCAAACACCUCCUAAACAGCCUUGCUGCUGCCUUCUGGACCAACUGCAGUUUCCACAGACUCUUCAAAGGUAGCCCCAUGUAGAGUGCAUUGCAACAAUCCAAUCUAGGUGUAACUGAGGCCUGUGUUACCUUGACAAGGUCUUACCUCUUCAGGAAUGGGUGCAUAAUUAUUGGCUAUAAUCAAGACAAGUCCAAUGGAACCUUAACAAAUACUUGAAGUAAAACUAAAGAAUUAAGGUUGAUAUAGUUAUGAAAAUACUCAGUAUAAAUUUAAUAAAACACAUAAAAAAUACAAUGAAAAAGAAUAUAAAGGAUAUAGUAUACAGAAAUCAAACAAUGACAGACAUAAUGCUGUAAUCUUCAAAA